AAACUAAUCAUCGGUCCAAUAGCCCGAAACUGAAUAUCUCUUUUUUUUUUCUCAGAGUUUUAUCCUUUUAGAAUUUUUUUUUUUACUACUCCAAGUUGAGAUUUCCUGGAUAAUCAAAAGUUUCAUCCUUUCUCUGUUCUACUCGCUGAGAAAGCUCAUAACCGCUUAACUCAUGGAGUCUAUAUCCCUUCCCAUUCUAAAUCCUCUGUUAGCGUCGUCUGGUUCUAAUCUUUGCAGAAAACAGAGGUCGAGGAUGAUGAUGACUUCAUCAAUGGCAUCUUCACUUAACUUGGCCGUCGGAACCACGUCCUUUUCCACUGUUCGUCCCUCUAGAGUAGGUGUUGUUAAGAUGCAAGCUGUUGAUGAAGAUGUUGAUCUGAAGCAAAUGAGAGACAUGGCUGCUGCUAAAAAACGCUGGGAUGGUUUGUUAAGGGAAGGAAAGGUAAAGCUUCUAACACCAAGAGAAGCAGGCUAUGCCAUUCAGCUUUCAAACAAACCUCUACUUGAUGUCCGUCCCUCUAGCGAGCGUAACAAGGCAUGGGUCAAAGGCUCAGACUGGGUUCCUAUCUUCGAUAAUGAAGACAACCUUGACGCUGGAACUCUUUCCAAAAAGGUCACCAGUUUUGCUAUGGGUGGAUGGUGGAGUGGUGCACCUACUUUAUCUUUCAAUAAGCUCUUCUUGCCAAAGGUUGAGGAGAAAUUCCCAAAAGAAACAGAGCUGAUCGUUGCUUGCCAAAAAGGAUUGAGAUCCUUAGCUGCUUGCGAGCUACUAUAUAAUGCUGGGUAUCAGAAUAUUUUCUGGGUGCAAGGAGGUUUAGAGUCCGCUGAAGUAGAGGAUCUAGCCACAGAAGGUUCUCAGCCAUUGAAGCUUGCUGGGAUUGGGGGAUUUUCAGAGUUCCUCGGUUGGACAGACCAGCAAAGAGCUCAAGCUGCGAAAGAAGGUUGGGGUUACCGUUUAGUAUUUACUGCUCGUCUGUUUGGAGUUAUUCUGGCAGCGGAUGCCUUGUUCCUUGGGGCUCAGCAACUUGGUCAUUACAUUCAGGAGUUAAGAGGCCACUAGGAUCUCUCUCUCUCUAUCUAUCUAUCCAAGCUCCAAGUGGUUAUGCUGCUUCUCUUCACAAACACAAAAAAAAACUGUAAAUGUAUGUUGAAGAAUGUAGUUUUUGAGGUAAAGUAGUUGAACUUGAGAUAGUGGAAAAACAUGUUUAAAUUUUGAAAAAGCAUCGAUUUCUGUUAACUA